AUGGGGCUGCGUCAGGGAUGCCCUCUAUCACCUUAUUUGUUUAUUCUUUGUGCUGACAUUUUGUCACGUGAUUUGCAGAGGGUUUCUGAUGCACGGGUCCUUCGGAGGGUAGUGGCGGACUAUUGCGCGGCGUCAGGUCAGAGAGUUAAUUUCCACAAGUCAGCAGUCCACUUCAGCCCGAGCACGGAGAGCAGGGUCAGACAGGAGAUCCGAGGGAUUCUACAGAUACCUCAGCAGGAGGAGACAUUGACCUACCUGGGAGUUCCUAUCACAGGCCGCAGACUGCGGGUGGCAGAGUGCUCCUACCUAGUGCAGCGGGUGGAGAGCAGGUUGGAGGGAUGGAGAGCGGCCUCCCUGUCUAUGAUGGAGAGACUGACUUUGAUCAGAUCAGUGUUGGGGUCCAUGCCAGUAUACCUCAUGGCCAACACCGUGGUUCCGAAGACGACCUUGCUGAGGGUCGAGCGACUGCUGCGGUGUUUCCUGUGGGGGUCAUACGGCGGAGGCCACGGGGUGCACUUGGUGGCCUGGGAGCAUGUCUGCCGGCCUACCAGUGAGGGCAGCCUCGGGGUGCAGUCCCUACUGGAGCGGUGCGAGCUUUUCAUUGCUCGGCAUGCAGCUCAGUUCUUGUUAGAGCCACACGGGCUGUGGAGUCAGGUGAUGGCGGCCAGAUAUGGGCGUGGGGGCUCAGAGGCGGCACGGAGAGCGCGACGAGUCUCCUUCAUGUGGCGUGAGAUUGGGAGGUAUUUGCCGACGGUGUCAGCAAAUACCAGGUGGCUGAUUGGCGAUGGGCGGAGUAUUGAUGUGACUGCGGACCCAUGGGUGGAUACUGUUCCACUGAGGUGCUGGCCGACCAUGAUCGAUGCUGAGGCAGUGGAGGGGUUGCGGGUCUUCGAUCUUCUUGCCCCAGGAGAGUCAGCAUGGGAGGACGCUAGGCUAUGUCAGCUGUUCGGAGGAUGCCUAGCUGAGAGGAUCCGGUCCCUUCCGGUGCCAGGUUGCGGGGGCCUGAUGUCAGGGUUUGGGGCACCUCUUGCCGGUCCAGUGUCAGUCUGGGAGACCUCGCUGAUGUUAUCCUGCAGAAGCAUGAGCCGGGGCAGGACUACACUUGGAUCUGGAGGUCUGGGCUUCACCCGAGGGCGUCACUCUUCUUAUGGAAGGUGGCAUGGGACUGCCUCCCGACGAGAGCAGUGCUGA